UUCCAUGUACCUUAUACCAGAAGACAACCCGAUAGAGGUUGACGUCUCACUCCUCUCUCCGGUCUCCAUUCUCUUCACUUCCCCUCUGCUCCUCUCUCUGCUUUCAGUCUUCACAAUGGCGAUAACUGUUUGGUCUGUAUUAGCCAUCCUUCUCUUCCUUCAUGCAGCUGCUACAGGUGCCGUUAACUCUCAAAUUAAAGUAACUGAUAACCCAGCAGACAAGUUGGUAGCCGCAAUCAAUCAAAACAGAACUGCUCACAAGGCCUCAAGCUUGCAUGACAACCCAGGGCUUGCCUGUAUUGCCUUACAAUACAUAAAGGCAUACCAAGGUGAUUGUGGUGCUGUGGGAGGAGCUGAUGCCAAGAAGCCUCCUGAAUCUCAAUUUGCUGAAACUUUUGCCCCUAGUUGUGGUGUUAAGGCAUCAACACUUGCCACUAUCACCGGUCGUUUCUUAGGCUGCCAGACUAAAUAUGUGCAUGCACCAGAGGCAUUUUCAGAAAUCCUGAUAAAAAACCAGAGGAGCUUGGAUAUACUUUACAGUAAGAAUCACACUCAAGUGGGAGCUGCUGUGACAGGUACUGAUGGAGGAUCUCCUUACUUCUGGUGUGUGUUGUUCAGCAAUGGUAAACCUAACAGCACAUUUAUGUUUGAGGAUGGUGUGGCCAAAAUAACAAAACCCGGCUGCUUCAGUGGAGCUAAUGAUGAGUGCAGUGGGGCUUAUGGCUGGUCUCAACUUCGUGGUAUAUGGGUAUUUGCCACUGCGGCUCUGGCUGCUUCGAGUUUUGCUUUGGCUUUGUGAUUACACUGUGACUGAAAUUUGAUUGAUUUUAUCUCCUAAAAAUUUUACUUUGAUUCAAUUUUUUCUCUGUAGAUUCCCUAUUUGGACUUUUUGUUUGAUGUCCUUGGAUUUGUAUUUGAAUGAUGACCAGGAAAGGGGAGAGACGUACAAAUUGUGUUACAUUAUCUCUCUUGAUUACAUAUGAAAAUGAAAUUUCGCAUUUGCCGCAUCAUUCACUUGUUUGCAGGUCUUCACCUCUCCACAUUUUGUACUCUCAUUCCUUCUACUAAAAAGUAUCCAAUGUCCAUUAUUACCGAUUAA